GAAAAGAAAGGCUGCGAGUUGAGUUAUAUUUGACGCAUGGAAUAGUCUUCCAGAUUGCUAUAGUGAGGUGAAGAAGUUGGCAUUUGGAGUGCUGACUAUCUUCGGAUCGACAUAUUCGUGGGAGCAAGCGUUCUCUUGCAUGAAUAUAAUUAAAAGUAAAGUAAGAAGCCAACUAACAAAUGAAAAUUCAGAUUCGUGCUUGAAACUUAAAACAACAAGUUAUGAGCCAAAUUUAUCCAAACUUUCUAAAACCAUGCAAAGCCAAAACUCCCAUUGAAUUUGUUUGCUCAAUUGUUUGUACUUGAAGUAUAAGUUAGUGUUGUAAGACUUACAAUGUAAAUAAACGUUUGUUUUAAUUUUUUACUUAAAUAAUAAGUAAUUAUCUAAUAAUACCAUAUAUAUUACCCUAUUGUAUAUAAACAAAUCUCAAUAAACAAAGAUAAAUCUUUGUCAAUUUACAGCUUUCGUGAAUCUGAAUCCAAAAGUUGUUGAGACUCGAUUCUCGGGAUAGAUGAACUAUGUACAUUCUUAUUUAAGUUUACGCUGAACCCUCACUUUUGUCCGGUGUUUAUUAUUGUUUGAAGUUGUUAUCAGCAAGAUGCUGCCCCCCGAUCUCCUGUUUCAGUUUCCCUCUGCCCCUUUUUACGACAUCUGCGGGAUGGCAGGGGUAGUAUGGGUUCUCCUACUCCACCACUAUAGUGGCUUUUUCUCUUAUUUGAAAAAAUUAUUUCCUUUCAGUCAAUACCAAAACCGCAUAAGGUUAGAGAUGAGAUUAAAUUCACACCAAUUUAUCAUAUAGAUAUCUGGCCUGUAGAGUGUGAUAUAGACAAUGAUUGCAAGGACGAAAUUUUUUGCCUUGAUGCCGUUAAAGUUGAGGAAGAGAUUUUCGAAUAUGAGAAUUCCAAAUUUGAAGAAAAUGAGAAUCAUGAAACAGAACCAUACAUCAUACCGACAAAUCAUUUUUCGAAAGCGUCUGAGAGCCAAAUUAAAUCAAAUUCUACUGAUUAUAACAUAAACGAUGUUCGUAAAGGAAACCUCGAUUUAGAAAGCCCUACUAUUAAAUCAAAGCCUAAAGUCAAAAAAGAUAAUCAACCAUUUAAUAAAAAAGGAAAGCAUCCUGCAAAGAUUAUGAAAAAGAAAACAUUGAAACAAAAGAGUGUAAAUAUGCUUACGAACAACACGUCAGGGGCAUCAACAAAAUACAUUUUUGAAUGUGAUGGUUGUAGCAAAAAAUUUUCAACAAAAGACAUUCUCGCCAAACACAUUUCAUACAGUCAUAAGACGCAAAAGAACCAAAAGAACACCACUGCAGUUCGGACACCAGUGGAACAAACUCCAGUACCACAACUAACGGAAAUAUUUAAUUGUGAUAUUUGCGAAUUUAAAACAUCUCAAAAACGUUGCAUAUUGGCACAUCUUAACGCGCACGUCGCUGAACAAGUGUACUGUUGUAAUAAUUGUGAUUAUAAAAGUAUAAGAAAAGAUAAUUUGCAAACACAUAUGAAAAUACAUACUGGAGAAAAACCUUUUUCAUGUAAUAUCUGUGAAUAUAAAUGUAUUACAAAAAAUGAUUUGCAAAGGCAUAUGAAAAUACAUACUGGAGAAAAACCUUAUUCAUGUAAUAUCUGUGAAUAUAAAUGUAUACAAAAAAGGUAUUUGCAAAAGCAUAUGAUAAUACAUACUGGAGAAAAACCUUUUUCAUGUAAUAUCUGUGAAUAUAAAUAUUUUACAAAAAGUGUUUUGCAAAGGCAUAUGAAAAUACAUACUGGAGAAAAACCUUUUUCAUGUAAUAUCUGUGAAUAUAAAUGUAUAGAAAAAAGUAAAUUGCAAAUGCAUAUGAAAAUACAUACUGGAGAAAAACCUUUUUCAUGUAAUAUCUGUGAAUAUAAAUGUAUUACAAAAAGUGAUUUGCAAACACAUAUGAAAAUACAUACUGGAGAAAAACCUUUUUCAUGUAAUAUCUGUGAAUAUAAAUGUAUUCAAAAAAGUGAUUUGCAAAGGCAUAUGAAAAUACAUACUGGAGAAAAACCUUUUUCAUGUAAUAUCUGUGAAUAUAAAUGUAUAGAAAAAAGGUAUUUGCAAAAGCAUAUGAUAAUACAUACUGGAGAAAAACCUUUUUCAUGUAAUAUCUGUGAAUAUAAAUGUAUUACAAAAAGUGAUUUGCAAAGGCAUAUGAAAAUACAUACUGGAGAAAAACCUUUUUCAUGUAAUAUCUGUGAAUAUAAAUGUAUAGAAAAAAGGUAUUUGCAAAAGCAUAUGAUAAUACAUACUGGAGAAAAACCUUUUUCAUGUAAUAUCUGCGAAUAUAAAUGUAUUAGAAAAAGUGAUUUGCAAAGGCAUAUGAAAAUACAUACUGGAGAAAAACCUUUUUCAUGUAAUAUCUGUGAAUAUAAAUGUAUAGAAAAAAGGUAUUUGCAAAAGCAUAUGAUAAUACAUACAGGAGAAAAGCCCUUUUCGUGUAAUAUCUGCGAAUAUAAAUGUAUUACAAAAAGUAGUUUGCAAACACAUAUGAAAACACACACUUGAGCAGAACCCUUUUUGUGAGAGAUCUGGUAAAAUAUGUGCAAUAUUAUGUAAACGUGUUUUAUAUUAAUAUAAAAGUAUACU